AUACGAUUGGUCCUUGUUUUCCACCUUCUUUGUGCGCAACCUGAAUGCCAAGGGAAACCUGCUCGGCAUUCGGGUUGGGAUGCCUGGUCUGCAUUUGGGUUUCUAUAUUGUGAUGGUGCAAAUAUGGUUGGAAAACAUGUUCUGCAUUAAGCUUCUUCCCAUUGGUGGAAAUCAUGUUUGGUCUGAGAACUCCAAACUUUGGAUUUUUAUUUUAUUUUUGGUUGUCGUUGACGACCAGGGAGAAUACGCACAGCGCUUGUUAACUCUUAACUCGGGGGCGAACAACAGACAAUCGAAGGAGAACAGAAUGGCUGCCGUACGAGGAGUUCUCCUGGAUGAGUAUGUUCUCGUCCGUGAAGACGGCAAUGGAAAUAUUUCCCUCCAAUCUGGAGCAGAGGGUCUGCUUCGUAGACUGCAGUAUUCCAAGCUUCGUACGGGAAUUUCUUAUGGAAAGGGUGUCUCAGACCAAAAGGGGACCUUUGUCAAAAAGAUGGCAACACUAUACUCAAUGGAUUGCUUCUUGCUGGAUGUAUCUUGCGUGGAUGAUUCUCUUAAUGAGAUCUUGCUAGCUUGGGGUGAUGAUGGAGGGAGUUUUCUUUACGUAACUUGUAGCAAGGAUGAUGACCUCUUUCUUAAACUGAGCAAUCAUGGCUGGGUGACUGUUUUUAAAUGUCCUGAAGGUGGUGCUGUGCCAGAAAAUUUGAGAAUGAUGUUUAUUAAUAAGCUGGAAGAGUUGCUUAUUAGUUUGUGCCGUUUCAAUAAGGCUAUCGGUGAUGGUGCUUUGACAAUUGGUUAUGUUAUGAAACCUUCUCGUGAAGAAGAUUUUGCCAAGCGAGGAGCCUUCCCAAUGUGUCAUACUCAAAAUGGCUUGAGAUUUGUUCCUCUGACAUUUGAUCUUCCUUUAGCAUCUCAACUACAAGAGGUUGACGUGGUUCUUCAUAAAGCAACUGAUGAAAUAGUCACCAUUGAGUUGGGAAGUUCUUCAGAAUUUUCUUACAAAGUUUGUUACUCUAAGGGCAUGCAAGAGCUAGAAAGGUAUUUCCAAGAUCACCCAGACUGUUGUGUAAUUGACCCACUUAAUAACAUAUACCCUGUAUUGGAUCGGCUAAAGAUCCAGAAGAUUCUACUUGGGUUGGAGGAUCUCAACACAGAAGGUCGCUGUAAAAUAAGGGGCCCACAUUUUCUAAAGGUUGAUCAUUUUAAUGAUCAUAGUUUAGCAGAACAGCUUUCUGAAGCCAAACUAUGUCUUCCAUGUAUUGCGAAACCUCAAGUUGCUUGUGGUGUAACUGAUGCCCAUAGUAUGGCAAUUGUCUUCAGAGCUGAAGAUUUUAGAAACUUGAGUGUCCCUCUUCCAGCUAUUAUUCAGGAAUAUGUGGAUCAUUCAUCUGUGCUGUUCAAAUUUUAUGUAUUGGGCAACAAAGUUUUCCAUGCUGUAAAGAUAUCAACACCAAAUUCUGAUGUGCUGUUGUCAUCAUCUGAGAAGAAUGGACUCAAACCUAUUGUCUUUGACAGUUUGAAAUCUCUACCCACUGCUAAAAAGGAUCUUUCUGGGGAAACAAUUCAGUCCAAGGAUGACAGUCCUCUUGAUAUAGAAUUAGUGAAAGAUGCUGCAAAUUGGCUCAAGAGAACUCUAGAUCUCACCAUCUUUGGGUUUGAUGUUGUGAUUCAAGAAGGCAGCAGAGACCAUGUUAUCGUGGAUAUAAACUACCUUCCUUCAUUCAAGGAAGUACCCAAUGAUGUUGCUAUACCGGCCUUUUGGGAUGCUAUCAGGAACUCGUAUGAAUCAAGAAAGGCAAAGUUAGAAUCAGCUUGCUCCUCUUAAUGCCGAUUAGAUGUUUUUGCAAGUUUUUACAAUGUACCCAUUGACAAAGAGUUGGAAUAAGAUGAAAUCAGACAUACUUGGCUUGUGAACGUUUAUAGACAUUGUGUUGAUGCAGGACAAAGUAAUCAGUAUUGGAAUUUUCUGAGUUAUUUAUUUAUUUAGUUUUGUAUUUUUGAGCAGUAAGCAAGGUUUAAAAUAUUGAUACAAUAUGUUCAAAAUAUGGUGCAUCGCCCCACUAAUUGAUGAUUGCAAAAGUUUA